AUGUAUCCGAUGUAUCCGAACAAUAACAAUAAUAAUUAUAUUCGUGAUAAACUUCAUAAGUUAAUGUCCACUUCCGUGAAAAUAUUUAAAACAAACCAGGAGAUAAAACUUCAACAAGACAGAUUAACCCAGUUGAAACAACAACUUCACUCUCACCAAAAUGAAAGUGACCAACUGGUACAAUGUAUUGAAGUUCAAAGUCAACAAUUUCAACCUAUACAAAAUCAAAUAUUACAAACCGCGCCUAUUUAUUCGUUCAAUCAUACUGAUUUAAUUCCUGUGCAAAAUCAAUACCCUCCUGAAUUUAUGAAUGGACCAAAUCACACAUUACAAUCCAUGCCCGGACUGAAUCAAACUGAAGUUAUGGUUGGACAAAGUCAGUCAUCACUUGGACAAAAUCAACCACCUCCUUCUGAGUUAAUUAUGAAUAGACAAAUUCAGUCAAAUCAACCGGAAUACGUGAAUGGACGAAAUCAGCCAUCAGGACAGAAUCAAUUUCCCCCUCCUGAAGUUAUUAUGAAUAGACCAAUUCAGUCAUCAUCCAAUUCCAUGCUCGAACAGAAUCAACCGGAAUACGUGAAUGGACGAAAUCAAUCAUCAGGACAGAAUCAAAUUUCCUCUCCUGAAUUUAUUAUGAAUAGACAAAGUCAGUCAAAUCAACCGGAAUACGUGAAUGGACGAAAUCUGUCAUCAGGACAGAAUCAAAUUUCCCCUCCUGAAUUUAUUAUGAAUAGACAAAGUCAGUCAAAUCAACCGGAAUACGUGAAUGGAAGAAAUCUGUCAUCGGGACAGAAUCAAUUUUCCCCUCCUGAAGUUAUUAUGAAUAGACCAAUUCAGCCAUCAUCCAAUUCCAUGCCCGAACAGAAUCAACCGGAAUACGUGGAUGGACGAAAUCAGUCACCACCAGGACAGAAUCAAUUUUCCCCUCCUGAAUUUAUUGUGAAUCAACAAAGUCAGUCAUCAUCGUUACCAUCCAAUUCCAUACCUGAACAGAACAAAUCUGUGGAUGGACGAAAUCAGUCAUCAUCAAUACCGCCAGAUUUUAAUGUUGAGCAAAAUCAAUCGCAACGGACACACAAUCAGUUUAUGGCAGAACAAAACUCCAACCAAUCAGUUUCUCAAUCACCCGAUUAUGCAUUCGAUAUGAAUUCUGGAAAUUCAUAUCCAUUCUCACCAUCACAAGAUCAUCUUUCUCCUGCUGUCAAUCCUGAAGUAGUUAAUUCUGGAACGGAGUUUUAUUCAGCAAAUUCCCAGAAUUCUGGUGGUGGCACCAAUGAUCAUGUUUAUAAAAAUAAAUAA